CAAUUCAAUCUCACCAUUUCUAAAGCUAAACAACCUAUAACCUUCUUUCUUUCAAAAGUAUGGCAGGAACAAUUGUCCCUGAUAUUGCUGAGAAAUUGUUAGCUAAGCUGAUAACCCUUGCUUCUGAUGAAGUGUCUUUGGCAUUUGGUGUCAAGAAUGAUGUAGAAAAGCUUGCUGACACUCUAAAUACUAUCAAGGUUGUUCUCUUAGAUGCUGAGGAGAAACAGAAUCAUAACCCGAAGCUGAGAGUUUGGCUGGAAAAGCUUAAGGAGGUUUGCUAUGAUGCAGAAGAUGUUUUAGAUGAAAUUGAGGUGGAAAAUCUGCACAACCAAGUGGUGAAUCGUCAGAGCAUUACUAAAAAGGUAUGCCACUUUUGUUCAUCAUCAAAUCCAAUUGUUUUCCGUUUUACGUUGGGGCAUAAAAUUAAAGAGAUCAACAAGAGGUUAGCAAAAAUAGCAGCUGAUAAGAAUGAUUUUAAUCUUACUGAAAAAAUCGAUAGCAAUCAUGUUGUAGAUUGGGAUAGGGAAACCCACUGUUUUGUUCGUAAUUCUGAUGUUAUUGGUAGAGAUGAAGAGAAAAAGAUGAUUAUUGAAAGGUUAUUGCAACCAAGUUAUGGUCAUGAAAAUGUUUCUGUUAUUUCUAUUGUUGGGAUAGGAGGUCUGGGAAAAACCACACUUGCAAAAUGGGUGUACGAAGAUAAAAUUGUGAGUGACUAUUUCAGUUUGAGAAUAUGGGUUUGUGUGUCAGAUGAAUUUUCUCUAAAAAAACUUUUGAUUGACAUCAUCAAUUCUGCAACUAGGCAAAAACAUAGUCAAAUGAGUUUAGACCAAUUGCAAAGUAAACUACGUGAUAUUUUAAGUCAUGCAAAAUAUUUGUUAGUUUUGGAUGAUUUGUGGAGUGAAGAUCACGGGUUGUGGUUGGAAUUAAAAUGUUUACUGAAUGAAUGUGUUAGUGAAAGUAAAAUUUUAGUAACCACACGUAGUGAACGUGUUGCCUUAACUAUGGAUGCUGUAUUUACACACAAGUUAAAAGGUCUUGCUGUGGAUCAAUGUCUGUCAAUAUUUGUUAAAUGUGCAUUUAAAGAAGGGCAAGAAAAACAACAUCCCAAUCUUUUAGAGAUUGGAGAAGAAAUUGUUAAAAAAUGUGGAGGUGUUCCAUUGGCAGUAAGAGCAUUAGGAUGUCAUCUCCAUUCCACAACUUCUGAACAAGAGUGGAUAAAUGUGAGAGAUAAUGAGGUAUGGAAGUCGGAUCAAAAGGAGAAUAUGAUUUUACCUGCUCUAAGAAUAAGUUAUAAUAAGUUAUCACCUCCUUUGAAACAAUGUUUUAUCUAUUGUUCUGUAUUUCCAAAAGACUUUGUCUUUGUUAGUAUUAAUUUGGUUCACUUUUGGAUGGCCCAUGGGCUUCUCCAUGCCCACAAUAAAAACGAAGAUUUGGAAAAUAUUGGAAUGCAAUAUAUAAAAGAAUUAAUGUGGAGAUCUUUCUUUCAAGAUAUUGACGGGUUGGGAAAUGAUGUGUAUGCUUUUAUAAUACAUGAUUUGAUGCAUGAUCUUGCCACAUCAUUGUUCCAAAAUGAGUGCUUCACAGUGAAAGAGAGUAACCAAAUUGCUUUCAAAACUUCUUAUCGACAUUUAUUUUUUCAUGGUGUUGAUGGUGAAGUAGUUACUCUGAACUUUACACGUAGCUUGAGUAAUGUGAGAAGCGUUAUGUUUUCUUCAAUAAUGACUGGAAAAGAUGUCACUAUUAGCCAAUCUUUUUUGAAAUUACUUAACUCAAGAUUUCAAUUCUUGCGGAUGUUAGAUUUAUAUAAUCUAAGUAUAGAAGUAGUGCCUAAAGAAAUUGGUAAUCUGAAGCAUUUGAGAUAUUUGGAUCUAGCAUUAAACCCUAUUAAAAAACUCCCAAGUUCCAUUUACAAGCUACAAAAUUUGCAAUAUCUUUCACUGUUGGGUUGUGAGCAACUAGAAGGGUUACCAAGAGAAGUAAAGUACUUAAUUAGUCUUAGAUGCUUCUACUUAACAACAAUGCAAAAGCAUCUACCAAGCAAUGGAAUUGGCUGCUUGAAUUCUCUUCGACAUUUGAUGAUUUACCGCUGCAGCAAUUUAGAAUAUUUGUGUGAAGAUAUUGGUCGUCUGAGAGCCCUUCGAAGACUAUGCAUUUCUGACUGUCCAAGUUUAAUCUCAUUGCCACGUGGUGUAAGAAACUUAAGCUUAUUAGAAGACCUUCGUAUCCUGCGUUGUGAAAGGCUUAAUCUUGAUUUGAGCACAGGAUCAGACAAUCAUGAUGAGCUCAAUAGCACAGGGCCUCCCCUUCGAUUCCUUAGAAUUUCUGCUUUACCACAACUGGUGAAAUUGCCACAAUGGCUUCUUCAGGGUUCGACAAACACUUUGCGAGGACUAAAAAUUGACUACUGUCCAGAGUUGACGGAAAGAUGCAAACCAGAAACAGGUGAAGAUUGGUCCAAGAUUGCUCAUAUCCCCAAGAUUGAACUUGACGGGGAGAUUAUCAAGUCAACCGAAAAUUAGGGGAAACUUGAAUUAAAUUUGUGAGUUUUCAAUCUCAUAAUUCAGCCUUGACAAGGCUCACAAACAUGGAUGAGUUAUUUUAUAUCUAUAUUCAAGUAAACUCAUUGGAGAAUUUUGCUUCUUGUCCUUGAAUGCUGUCACAUACCUGAGCUGCUGGGUGUAAUUUUGUUCUCUCAAAUGCCUUGUCUUCCAGUGCCAGAACCCCCUAGGCCGCAGCCCCCUAAUUUCCCUUCCCUGUGGUUUUCCUUGUCUUUCCUCUCCUCUCCUUCUGCCCUUUAUAGGCUGGCAAUCUCCAUUCAGAUCUGCUGAAACCAGCGAGCUCUGCCAUGGCGGAAUCUCUUAUAGGAUAAAUCAUCAGAUGUUUGAUAGGCAGCAGAAGCGUGCAUUAUUGAAAUCAUCAGAGUCACCGGACGAGAAGCAGUGUGUGCCCUAAAAAAUUUCUGACUGAGAAGCAUCUUAAAGAUGUGACAGUCCAGCUUUAGCUCUUAUUGUUGAAAGACUGAAUGGGUAUUGUGGAUCUCAUGGUGUGUGUAUGGCAAACUGGUUGUAGUAAUUUUCCCUUCCCCUUGUACGCCUUUUAUAUUUUGCAUGCUAAUUGGGUUUCUCUUAGUUUUACUUGAAUCUGCAAAAGUAAUGUCAACGGGGCCUACAUCUCCAGACAGCUUGAAGGUUGCAAAAUCUACUUCUGAUUGUUUGGUGAAGCAUUGAAGCAGGACUCUAUCUUCGGGGCAUUCCAACUCAGGGUGCAAGGGCAGAUUCAAUUGCGUCUGUUGAAGAUAUAGCUGUCCAAUCACAGGCUUUGUUAAAUGUCGAGGAUUCAAAUAAGG